GCCAAAUUCUGGUUCAUGUGCUAACUAACAGGAGUUCAGAUAAAAGGAGAGGACAAACAGGGUGAAAGGUGGUGAGCAGAGGUCUUCUAUAAAAGCCAGGUAGUUCAGAGCCAGACUGUGGCAGCAGACAGGUGAACCAGCAGAGGGCUGUUGAGAAUCCAGGUUUAAUCCAGAAUGCAAACUCUGGUAACUUUGUGCGCUCUUCUCCCGCUCCUCCUUUCUGUGCAUGCAGAUGUUGUGGAACGUUUUGAGGAUGAGCCAGAGUGUGUGAAAUACUUUUAUAAAGAGAAGGUGCCAGAGUGGGGAGCUUCUACACCUGGAGCUGCCCGCCUCUGUCAGCGCUUUGUCAACAGGUACCACUUUGCCACGCUGUAUGACACCAACCAUCGCAUCGCUGUGUACUCUGCCUACCAGUUCCAGCCCAGUAAUGGAGGUGGCAGAGAGAGCAGGUGGUUUGUGGAGCCUCAGCUGGUCAGUAAGUCCUGGCAAGCAGAGAUGAAGGAUGGCUACUGGCUGGGGAAAGACUACCCUGGGGUUUACCUCGGAGAGAAACAAGCUCUGAAUGAGGACUUUACAUACUCUGGCUUCGACCGUGGUCACCUCAACCCCAAUGGACACCAUGCAGUUCCUAGUCGCAACGCCACCUUCACCCUGACCAACGUGGUCCCACAGAACCCCAAGCUGAAUCAGAACUCCUGGAGGAUCCAUGAGUCCGACCUCACAAACCUUUUCAAAGCCAAGUGCUCCAAGGCCUUUGUGCUGGUUGGUGCCGUUCCCUCUGCAGAAAAUUGGAUUGUCAAAAACAAUGUGAAGCGUGUCAACAUCCCAGACUACCUGUGGAACGCCUACUGCUGUGUGGACAACAAUGACAAACCCAUUCAGAGUGGUGCCGCCACAGCAAGAAACACAGAAGACAACUGGGUGGAGAAGCUCUCUCUGGCUGAACUGGGAGAAUUCCUGCAGCAGUUCUCUGAUGAGCCAGUAGGAGAGCUGUUUUAUAACGACUGCAGAGCAUAAGAGGAGGAAAGUUGUCACACAAUAAAAUUCUUCUAGUGAUUUAAAUAAGAGUGAUUUGUUGUCCCUGGAAUAGCCAUUAGACUCUUAUCUGAGGCUGCACACAUGUUAAUAGAAGGAAAUCAAAAAUAUUCUGGAUAAUGUGCUGAAGAACUAAAACAUCAUCCUGAAAUAAAACUUCAACCUGUUGAUGCAUCUUAA